AAAACAAUGAUUCCUCCAGGGGAGUGCCUAUAUGCUGGGAGGAAAAGGAGGAAACCCAUUCAGAAACAAAGGCCUGCAGUUGGGAACGAGAAAUCAAAUCCUUCAAAGAGACACAGGGACCGUCUGAAUGCGGAACUGGACCACCUGGCCAGCCUCUUGCCUUUUCCACCUGACAUCAUAUCGAAGCUGGACAAACUCUCCGUCUUGCGCCUUAGUGUCAGCUAUCUCCGAGUCAAAAGUUUCUUUCAAGCCAUGCAAGAAAAGCACUUUAAGAAGCAAGCUGGCCAAACAAUAAAAGAAGACAACGUAUCUAACAAGACUGCUGUACAAGAAGGUGGACUUCUACUGGAAUCACUGAAUGGUUUUGCGUUGGUGGUGAGUGCAGAUGGAAUGAUAUUUUAUGCAUCAUCGACAAUUGUGGACUAUCUAGGGUUUCAUCAGACUGAUGUAAUGCACCAAAACAUAUAUGAUUACAUUCACGUGGAUGAUCGCCAGGAUUUCUGUAGACAACUGCACUGGGCCAUGAAUCCUCCCCAGAUGUUGUCUGGACAGCAACUACAGACAGAAACAGGAGAAGAAUAUAUUCUCAGUAAACUGUUUAAAGCACAAGAGAAUGACAGCAUGACAACAGAUUAUUCUUCCUUCUUAACUCGUUGUUUCAUCUGUCGGGUUCGCUGCUUGUUGGACAGUACUUCUGGCUUCCUUACAAUGCAGUUCCAAGGCAAACUGAAGUUUCUUUUCGGACAAAGGAAGAAGUCCUCAUCAGGAACAGUAUUGCCACCUCAGCUGUCCUUAUUCUGCAUAGUGGUACCACUUCUGCUCCCUUCUGUGACAGAGAUGAAGAUGAAAAACCUGCUUGUGAAAGCAAAACACAAACCUGAUGAGGCAGCAGCAGUUAAUACGAACUCCAGUUCCAAAGGUAAUUCAGGGCUGUGUGAAGCAGCAGAAUUAUAUGGAAGAAACAGUCAUCAUGAAGGUGCUGCUUUCACUAAUGUGUUACAGAUUGCUGAAAACCAAAUCAAAGCAAAGAAUAAUGGAGAAAAUGGGAUUUCUCUAGUCAAAGUACAAACAAAUGAAGAUCACUGGGUCUGGGUUCAAGCUAACACUCAACUUCUGUAUCGAAAUGGUUGUUCAGAAUAUGUCCUUGCUCAACAGCAAAUGUUAAAGGAAGAAGAUGAACAACUGAAGAUGCCAAGCAGUUUUGCCAGUUUGAAAGGAAACCUGGAGGGACUUUCCUAUAACAGUGCCAUCGAAACUCUGGGCCAGUGGAAGCAUCUUAACUGGACAGCAGUAAAAAAUGAACAAGAUAAUGUAAAAGUGAAGUUUGAGCCUCAUACAAAUGGUGAGUGUUUUAUGCAAGAGGAACCUCUCAGUUCUAGCACAUCAGUUUUAGGUGUUCAAAACAACUGCACCACAAACAGUAGCUGGACUUUAAGAAACUCAAGCUCUUCUUCUAUGACCCAGCGAAUGAACACAUGUUCAAACAGGAGAGCUGCAUCAUUCUACAACAGAGACCAAAGUUUCUUGAAUUUAGCAUCAACUUGCCCUUCCCACUGGGGGAGUGCAGAAAGCUGCCAGUCUUACUUGGGCGUACAACAGCGUUGUGCAGAGAACUAUGUGCCGGACCAUCUGAAACUGCAGAGAUCAUUAAUAUCCUCAGAGUCUCUUUAUGACGCAGCCUUUCCCUUGGAGAUGCCUAUCAAAAUGGAAUAUGAUUCUGAUUCUGAAAACAUUGCCGAUAACUACCUGAUGUCACAAAACCGAGGCUGGAUGGAUGAGAAUGGCUCAGUGAGAAAGCAGGUGUUUAGCUACCCCAGUAGAGUGCACCUCAAAACAGAACCGGACCUCUAUGAGCCAGCCUCACCUUGUCAGAAGCCAAGGCACUGCCUUUACACGCCUCAUAAUUGGCAAUGCAUAGUAGCAAAUCAUCCCAACAACCUAAACCUGAACAGACCUUGCAAGAGUUCACGUAGCAAGGAGGUGGCCCCAUUUUGCCCUCAGAACUCCUCUGGGUGUUUGGAAAGCACGCCCGACCUGCCGCACACGGCAUGCUAUAGCCACUUCUACAGCCCCAGCUCAGGGGAGCAGAAAGAGCAGAAUAACGAGGUGUUUAAAAUGCCGUGCGAGUUUAAAAAUGCCUGCUUGGUCCAAGCAAUCAAGCGUGAGCCCCUGGAUUCUCCACCAUUGUCCAACAGUGGACAGAACAGAGUACACAUGAGCUUCCCUGAAAACACAUUAGCAGGUCCUGUGCCUCAUAAAACCACUGAAUGUACAUUUUUACAAUAGAUUUUAUAACAUUUGGAAUAUUUAUAAUGCUAAAAGCAAGAAGUUGUAGAUUCUCUUCCAGCUGGGUUAAAUGAGUUACUAAAUUUAAAAGCCAGUGGAAAGAUUUUGAGUGUGUGUGUGUGUGAGCGCGCAUCUGUGUGUAUGAAAAACCAGACACACACACACACACAUACGCACACCCCAUAUACCCUCUACGCCUCCUACCACCCUUCUCUUAGUGAUCAAGAGAAAGAAAGAAAGAAAGAAAGAAAGAAAGAAAGAAAGAAAGAAAGAAAGAAAGAAAGAAAGAAAGAAAGAAAGAAAGAAAGAAAGAAAGAAAGAAAGAAAGAAAGAAAGAAAGAAAGAAAGAAAGAAAGAAAGAAAGAAAGAAAGAAAGAAAGAAAGAAAGAAAGAAAGAAAGAAAGAAAGAAAGAAAGAAAGAAAGAAAGAAAGAAAGAAGGAAAACAAACCUCAGGCACAGAAAAAUAAUCAGUACUUACUGCACAGGUAUACCUGCUAAUUUGUCUUUAUCAUCUUUCCUCUCUUGCCUACAAUUCAUUGCCAAGGUCUAUCUAUUUCUGUUUCCCUGCCUUUGUUCUGUUUGUUUUUGUCAAGCUGAUGUGAUGCCUCUGUGCAAAGAGAAAAUGUUUAUGGUCUUCAGUGUGGCCAGUUUACCUUAGGAGUUUUUGCAUUAUUUUUUUUUUUGCAACUCUAAUAAGAAGCAUCAGCUAUUCCUUUAUCUCAACAUUAAAUUGAUGGCAACAGGCAAGGGCUUCCCAACACAACUUCUUAAUUCAAAAGGGUAGCAUUAAUUAAAACAAAUGACUUUCAUAAAAUGCAUUAGAAAUUAUUUCACCUCAAACUGAAGGUCUUCCCAAGUUUCCUUUAUAAUACUAAGGUUUAGUACCCAUAUUUUUCCAUUUUAAAGCCAUCAGCCUUUCAUGUUGCUUUUUGAAAAACUGAACAAUGGGAAGUUAUCCACUUCUAUAGAUGAGUUACAAAGUGCUGUUAAAUGAACAUGAGAAGAAAAUAUUUCUCCAAUUAUUUUUGUUGUUGUUACUUGUAAUGUUAACAAAGGAAAUGCACUUUUUUAUUUGAUAGUAUCUCUUUGACUGAUAGCAGCUUGUUAGACAUCAUCACAUGACAUCAAAACCAAAUCCCACACUAAGAUUAGAUAUGUUAUUUUCAAAAGCAUCCUAGUUUCAUUCCCAAAAGAAAAUCUUAAUCUCACUGAGAGCUAAGUGGAGGACAUAUACCUUUCAAAAGCACUUUGGUGCACUUUGGUGCUUUUGAAAACAGAUCCAUAUGCUUUCCUUUGAACCCAGGCAGUAAUGUACUUCCACAAAAAAAAUUAAAAUCUACAGCUUUUGUUUCUUGUUGUUGUAGUUUGACUCCUGCACUAACUUUUAUUUUAAAAUUGCACUAUUCCAACUUUAUAUCAACUUCACCUAUAUAAAAAACACACCAUUUUUAAAAAAGCUUAGAUGUAUAUGUGCUUUUUGAAAGAACCCCUAUAAUGAAUGUUUUCUUUUUCAAAAUGUUAUAAAUAAUUAUAAUGUCUUCAUUUCUAGAUCUACCAGUCACUGAGGGCAUGGCUUGUCAUGCCAGAAGAGUUGCAUAAACUUCUCCCAAAUGCUAUAAAUACAUGUCAUAAAUGUAGUUUUCAGGUAGGGGAAUGGUUCUGCACCUGGGACGUUGCUCUUCUCCAAGACUGUCUGCCUUCUCUGGUAGAAAUUACUGCCUGUAUGUUAGAGUUGGCCGACUGAAAGUUAUACAUUCUCUGCACAUCACUUAAGUGCUUAUGAACAAUGGUUUGAUCUGAAAUGCUGCACUUUACACUGAAAUGGUUGAGAUAACCCAUGUACCUUUUGACGUCUGUCCCGCAGAAGGCAGUAUUCCCAGCAGAAAGGCAAGAGUGGACAGUAAAGAAGUGCAAUAAUGUCUUACUGUAGAUCAAGUUAAAUCUGCCAUAGUCCAGCUGACCAUACCCAAGCCAUUACCUCUUUGUGUCUGAGGUAAAUCAGGUCCCUGUUGGCUAUGUGCUGCCUCUUAUUUGAGACAGUCUUGAUAUCCUUGGAGUAACGCUCUUACCAAUGGGUGCAAUGCAACAUCAGACCCCUUUCAGACAUGAGAAUGUGAUGGUGGAAUUUACAUCCCUCUCUGGUACACCACUAUUCAUGCCACAUAAAUUUAAUGCCAAUCACAAAAACACUUCUGGGCAAGCAAACUGGUUACUCAGGUAGAGUGAGACUGUCAGAUACCAGUGGCACUGCAUGACUCUGCCUUAUUGAUUCACUAUCUGCAAAGAUAAGAGUAGCAGUUCUUUUUAGACUCUCUCAGAGUAGCUCUCAUAGGCCAUUGCUUGGCGUGCAGCAGUGGCACUGCUUACAUCCCGGUGCCAGACACUCUGCUGUGGCCAUGCAGCUGCUGGUAGGGUUGUGCUAUGAAACCUGUAAUAUUCUCUAUUCCAGCUCUUUGUGCAGCUGUGUGGCAGAAAUGAGAUAGUGUGGAGAUGGGGGAGUGUGGGAAUAGAUGGCUGCGGGCAAGUGGAGGACACACCAGCAUGACUGCUGAAAAGCUGCUCAUUUAAUUCUACUCUUGGACUCACUGUCAUACCCCUCUGAAUGAGAGUACCUGGGCCUGAUUUCACACUACCUUGAACCUUCUCUCAUCAUUUACAUUGAUGCAACAUGACUGUAAAACACUAUUAUCCUCAUCUGGACAUGCUGGUGCUAUUUUGCAGGGAUGUAGGUGGUCACACCAGGUGCAACUCUGUAGGGGACUGUGCCACUGAAUGCUUUGUCUGUGGUUAGAAAUAUUUCCUGCCAUAACUGCAGUGGGAGAACUAUACCAGCCAGAAGCAACUUAUACUAACAACAGAAGUUCUGUACAGGUCUCUCCCUUACAGAACAAAGGCUAUUUUGUUGACAUAACUCUAUUUAAGGCUUUCCUGGUUUAUUUCAGUUGGGAUGAUUUUUCUCCUGUUCCCAACAAACCCAGACACAUUUUAUGUAUCUUAAUUGACAUUAAAGAGGUAGAUGAAGCUUCUGCAUGUAAGAGAGUCUAAUCUGAUGUAAGAGAAUCUAAUCUAAGAGAUCCAACAGCCUUGUAGGAAGAUGACCCCCUGUGUAAAUGCAGUCAGGUUUGCUUCCUUAUCAUUACAUAAAGUCUGAACCCAAGAAAAACACACUUACCCUGCACAUUGCUUUUGAAUUUGGCCCACUUAAUUUGUGGCUGAGUUGUUAUUCCAGGUCUCACGUGAAAAAAAUAUGAUAUCAGUGGAAUUCUUUCUAGUCUAGGUUAUCACACACAUGCAGCAACUUCCUAAGAACUGUGCUUAUAAAAAGAUCAGCAGCUUAUCCCCUUUUUGGACAAUUGCUAACUGCUGUUGAUAGUAAACAAAGACCAGUUCCUUCUAAGUACUUGGUAUAUUGCAGCAUUCGGAAAAAAACAAGAAAACAAACAAUAGAAAGAAUCUCUUGGUAUCUGCUUUUAAGGCACAGAUAUUCCUUCCUCCUCUCCCCGUGACACAUGCCCUGGGUUGAGUCUGGACUGAAAUCUGACAUUGCAUUGUACCCUGUUAAAUUGCCAUUGAUUUAAUCUUAUAGAAGUUCUUUGUAUACAGACAUUAAUGAUCCCCUGACACUGAUCAGUAAAUAGCAGGAAAGACAGAACAGUUGUUUUAAGUGUUAACAUUUUUUAGUGGUUGUUGUUUCUUUGGUAUUAUUUUAAAAACUAGCACUGAGAAGUAGGGUUUAAGAUGUUUUCAAUCACUGGUGUUUAGCUUUUAUCCUUGACAAAUUGGUAUUUGUACUCCCCAAGCGCAACCCUGAGUCUGUUUUAGGAGCCUCCAAAUGCAUUUAUUGCAACAAUAAAAAAAUUAUUCUGGUAGAAGAAAUGCCUAGUCAAACACUUGUCUGAUACGAACUUGGAGCGUUCAAGCUGAAAGAAAUGCCUUUCUUUUUCUGCUGCAUGCCUCUAAUAUGUGACUCAUGAUAGCAUUCAAACUUCUUCAGCCAUGAACUCUCCAGAGUCUGAGACACAAUGAAUUAAUGAU